CUCGACCAGUUUUUGAGCUAUUUAGAUGGCGAGGAGCUCUUUGUAUAUUUUUCCUCUAUCUGCAAUAAAAUUGUCAAGCAUGUGCUCACUGCUGUUGACUUUUUGCAUAGUAGGGAUAUUGUUCACCGGGACAUUGAACCGGCAAACGUGCUCGUUAGCAAUUUGCACUAUGCAGACUUGAAACAUGGCAGCAAUGAAGUUUUCAUGAGUCAACCUAGAGUUUGCAAGCUGGCAGAAAUGGGAGAAGCACGAUCAAGAGUAACGCAGACCCGUGCAUUAGUUGGAAAUAGCCGUACUAAAUUUUUGGCAAGGGGUAGCCCCGCAUUUAUGGCUCCCGAAAUAUCAGUAGAAGAGUUCAUGGUAACUUCGGCAAGUCUUGGGCAGCUGAAAGCUAUUGAUGUCUGGGCAGUUAUAAUGACAUUUUUUGUUGUGAUAAAUCCUGAUUAUCGGAAGAUGCAAAUGAUCUCUCAAGCUUCUGCAUUGAGCGAAAAUGGCACGAAUGUAAUAAAUAUGGUCCAGGGAUACACAGAGGAGUUGGCACAAACAUUACUACCACAGAACGACGGCACCAACGCUUGUGCUUUCCUUUCGUUGGGAAUUAUCGAUCGUUUGCUGACGGAGAUCAAAUGGCAUUGUGAUGGAUGA